AUGAAGUGUUACUAUCAAUUUGUCGCUGCUAGCAAGGUCGCACUAUCUCCGGACCAACUCACAGCUGCUGAAUCACAUGUUGAUGAGGAAACAUUGGCGAAGUUGAGGCAAAUUAGUGCUGAGAGUUUUGCGAAAUGCAUAAAUCAGGGAAAG